GGUCGCGCGAAGCGCUGCUUUGAGGAAUUUCGAUCGGACUCGAUAUCGUCGUGCAGUUUCGAGGCGAACUGUGUAAGCGAGCUGUGUGUUCCAUCGCACGUUCGCGAGGGAUUUUCUGUUAACACAUCUCUCUAACACAUCAUUCUGCUACAACGGUAAUUGAUAUUCGAUUCAAUUAACGAGCAAGCCAUCACGACGAUGGUCUUGGCAGAGAGAAACUCGGAAAAUGUACGGAACGGUCGCAGAUCGCGAGGCCCCAGCCCUAACGCACAGACGGAAUCUUCCAGCGAGGAGGAUGGAGUUCCGGCAGAGAAAAUAAGAGUUGGACGAGAUUACCAAGUGAUUGUUCCUGAACUUGUUCCUGUUAAUGAACGUAGAUUGGAUCAAUGUCCUGAUAGAGCAUUAUUAGUUUGGUCACCAACCACAGAUAUACCGGAUCAGAAACUUGAUGAAUACAUAAUAUUAGCUAAAGAAAAAUAUGGUUAUAAUGGAGAACAGGCAUUGGGAAUGCUAUUUUGGCAUAAACAUAAUUUGGAACGUGCAGUCCUGGAUCUAGCAAAUUUCACACCAUUUCCUGAUGAAUGGACGGUUGAAGAUAAAGUAUUAUUUGAGCAAGCAUUUCAAUUUCAUGGCAAGAGUUUUCAUCGCAUUCGGCAAAUGCUCCCUGACAAAUCUAUCGCAAGCCUCGUCAAGUACUAUUAUGGCUGGAAAAAAACACGAAGUAGGACAUCAUUGAUGGACAGGCAAGCACGUAAAUUGACAAGCGGCUGCAAAGAAGGCGAGAAUGGCAGCGAAAACGGAAGCGAGCUCGGUUCCAACACAGAUAGCGAGUCUGAAGAAAAAAAAUGGACGAUCCACCGCGGAAUUCGUCGUGGAAAGAACCAAGCUGUGCCAGGAAGCCAAGGCACUGAUGCUAAGGCCCCAUCCGACUCGGAAAACGCCCCUCAGGUUCAGGGCUCGUGUAGCAACUGUGGCGUUGCAUGCCAUAGUGUUCGUGCGACGCCCAAAGGACACGCGUGUCAUAGCUGCUAUCUACAUUGGAGGCGCACCGGUGUAGCAAGACCGUUAACUUCCAUGCCGGGUCGUACGAAUAAAAGAAAGCCACCUCGGGGCUUGGUUGUGAAUCAUGAUGAUUUGGCGGCUUUGGCUGGUCAACCAAACCAGGCCAACAACAGUUUGCAAGCGAUCGACACUGAGAUCGUGAGCCUAAAGCGUCAAAUACAAGCCAACAAACAACAAGUGAGCGCACUGAAGCGAAAGACUGUCGACGGUAUUGACCAUCUACGACCGCCGGAAGUAUCGAGCCGUAUAAAUGCUCGUUGGACAAACGAUGAAUUGUUAUUGGCCGUUCAAGGUAUCAGAAAAUACGGAAAGGAUUUCGCCGCGAUCGCUGAAGUUAUCGGAACCAAAACCGAGGCACACUUACGAUCAUUUUUCGUUAAUUAUCGACGGAGAUAUAAUUUGGACGCGGUUCUAAAAGAAUUCGAGGCUGAAAACGGUCCCAUAGUGAUCGAGGAUGAAAAAGAGGAAAAGAUGGAUGUUGACCAAUCAAAUGAUACCGCAGAGUCAUCUCAGAAGGGAAAAACUUCCACUGGGCCUGCACAAGCUACUAAAUAACAAAUGAAUAUAAUCCCAAGUACAAAACGAGAAAAGAGUAAUUGCAGAAUCAGCGAUAAUAAUCGAUAAUCGAAAGGUACUUGAUUAAAUUUAUUAAUGUUUGCUCUUUUCUUCUUAUUUGAUUGCGUCAUUUUAUCUAUGGCGUAAUAUACACGAAUUUGUUUUAAAAAUCUAAAUUUGAAUGACAGUGUAAUACGAGGAUAAUCCAUAUGUGUAAAUUACAUAAAAUUACACAUAAAAAUGACAUUUAUCUUAAUCAAAAUAAGCCUGUCUCUAUAAUGUGUUAUAUUUUUUGUAUUUAAAACUGAAAAUCGAUCAUUUAUUUGUAUGAAAACAGUAUAAUCGCAUAAUGUCAAAAAUAUUGAAGUUUACACCAAAAAUGUAUUAGAAAAAAAAAAAUGUAUUUAGAUGUAGCCACAAAAUGCUUCAAACAAUAUGCACGCACUAUACAUAUUAUCAGGUAUAACUUACAUAAAAUUUACAAGUAAAUCUUCAAUAUUGUUUUUGUGAAUAGCAUAUUGCAGGUAGAAAAUUAUUUUUCUCUUUUGUAUGUUAUUUAAGCAUAAUAUUUUAUUUUUCUUGAAAUGAUGUGCAUAUAAAACUUAGGACAAUGCAAGAUAAAAAUUGAUCUCAUUUGAGGAAAUUGCUAUAUAAGAUGAUAAAUUAUCAAACACAUAAAAAUGUUACGUUGAAAGGAUUCUAUGGAUUAGAAAUAAUGUGUAAAAGUGUUCUAAUGAAUUGCAAAGUGUUCAAGUGUUUUAGUAUUUAAAUAUCUUUAAUGAGAGUUUCGCCCUCUUUUUAAGCGUAAAGCUGCUACUAUACACUCUCGUGUAUACUUUGCAUCAUUUGAAUGUCUUCUAAUUAGUCUCAUAAUAAUUUCAAUAGUCUGGACGUUUUUCCCCUUCUUUUAUAGUUUUUUCUCUUCUUAAGUUUUCUGAUACUUUUAUUUAAAACCAUUUUUAUUUUUACUAGUGGCAAUAAUCAAUAAUCAACAUUUGAUAUUUUUUCGAUGAACGAUUACGAGAGCAAUACAUAUAAAAAAGAUAUCAGGCACUUAAAAUAUACAUACAUCUUUCUUUUUAUAAUUUUAAAUUUCACAUAUAACUUACAUGUUUCUUAUACCUGGAAAAAAAAACUUAAUUGUAUGAUAAUCGUGAUAUCGAUAAUCUUUCGCAUUAUAAGAAAAUAGUGAUCGGAAAGCAGAAGAGUAUAUCUCGAAUUUAAUUUCAUGAAUAGAAAAACAUAUACUAAUGUAUAAGUAUUAUAAUCUAUUAAAAAUUAUGAUGUUAAAAUAUAUAGAUGAUGCCGUCGUAAUUUCAUAAAAUGUAUACACAUACAUGUUAAUAAGAAGUCAUUAUGGUGAAGAGAUAAUACGCGUGCCUGCAAAGAGAUUUACAGAGAUUUUAUAAAGCGAUGAUGCAUACUUUUGCAUAGUUUCUGUAUGAAAAUUUUGAGUUUUAUUAUAAAUUUCUAUUGUAAAUCUAUUUAUUAAUAAUAACACUCCAGAUAAUAAUAGAGAGCGCACAUUUCGCAAAACUUUAUUUAUAAAAUCGAUAGCAAUUAAGUAUUAAAUAUGUUUUCGUGUAUUAGUAUAAUGUAGAUAAUAUAUACCAAACCAUUCACACAACUGCACCAGCUUCCUGUUUAUGAAUACAGCGGCAUGAUAGUAGAUAACGAUACAAAUGUGAAAUAAAAUAAGACUAGUAUAUGAUUUACAUGCAAUGCAGAUGCUAAAUCGGCCGAAAAUUUUUUUUCUUUUUUUUUACACUGAGGUGCCUUGAUAUCAUCCCUUUUGUGACGCAGGGUAUGCGAAACUAUCGCAUACGCCACUUGAAAAUCUCUCAUUGAGUUUGAACAAGCAGUGUGUCUAUUGACAUAUUAUUGCAGGUUCAGAAAAUGUCAACAAAUCUAAUGCUACUCUUAUUACACAUAUAUUUUUCACGACAAAACAUGUAUAUAGCUGAUAAUUACUAUUAGAUCAAACAGUAGAUUAAAUAUGGAAGUCUAAAUUAAAUAUGUAGGCAGGCAGAGAGAGAGAGAGAGAGAGAGAUUUAGUUUCUCAAACCUACAUUUAAUUAUAAUAGUGAUAGCGAAAAAAUUAUUAAAUAGAUAUCUAUUAAUAGAUAUCUACACAGAGAGCAGCCAAAACGAUGCUGUUCAAAUUACGCGUAUAAUUGUUCGCAUAUUUUGUGCGUGCUUUGCAAGAUCUCAAUCGUAAUUAAUUCACAUUAAUAGAAUCACAUUUUCUAAAUGAAAAGAUAUCUCUUUUUUCACAUAUUUAAAAGAUAAUAAUAAUAAAAUAAUUUAAAUUGCUUGAUCCUAUGAAAAGUUUUAAGAACAGUUAUUUAAAAAUGAUACUUUUUAAAUAUAUGUUUAAGUGCAUAUGUUGGGGCAUACAUGGAAAAUUAAUAUAUAUUCUGAUAUAUGCAUAAAUCAUGUUAUGGUAUUCUCAUCACAAUGUGUACAUAUUUAUAUCAUUAUCACCGAUAAGAGUGAUAUAUCUCAUAUAAACGCGAUAAAUCUUAAUGAUUGAGAUGAUGAAUAUAAAAGCAAAGGACAUUAGUGUGUUUUAUUAGAGUGAAAGAUAUCAUUAUAUUAAAAAGGACUUUUAGAUAAAUUGUUAGUUGAUAUAUGCGAAGGCGCGCAUUAUCAUCAUACGAGAAACGCAUGGUUUUUAUAUGAAAAAUCUCAGUUCUAUUUCUGUCGUAAAUUAAUUUUUUUCUAAAAUAUUAAAUUUGCGCAUCUCUGCGAAACGUUUUACAAAGCAUUAACGUAUACCUUCGUAUAAAUUGCGUUUUAUUUAUUUUCAUAUUAAGUUUUUUGACAUAUUACUCUUAGAUAUAUUUUUAUAUACUCGCGCAUAAUAUCCUUUUAAGAAUUCAUCGUAGGAAAAUAUUCGAUUGUAUUAAUGUAAAUGAUAAAGAACGGGAUAUCGUGCUAUGUGAUUAUAGAUUUGAUACACGAAUAUGCGUAUGCAAAAUCCGCUAGAUAACUUCUUUAUCUUAUGUAAGAAACAAGGAUUUAAUAAAGUAAAUUUUUGCUGUGC